AGAAAGUACCGCCGCUCGGGGCCCUCUGUGUUUUGGAUAGCACUCCCAUCUGAAAUUCAAAUAGACGUGUCGAGGAGACAUGGGAGUCCGGAGUCACCCGGGACCUUCCCUCCUCAAGAGGAGCGAGCCAAGGAGAAAACACAGCGAGCGGAAUCAGAGCCGCAAAGCCGGCCGUGUGUGAGGAGGAAGAAAGUCAGUGCGAUGCUCCUUACUUCCAGGAGAAGUCUUUGGACUUCUUCGUAUCUCUUUGAUUUUGUUUACCUCAGGAGACUAACCACAGGAGAAGUAAAUGAACACUUGGGGUUAUCCGUGAAAAUACAGCACCUCCGGCAAACGCUCGCCACACCUUCAUCAUCACUCUAACAGCUCCACUAUCCAGCUGUCCAGAUGGGGUGCAGAUGCUGUAGGAUGAUAAAAAGUUACAUCUAUGACCCCUCGGUGCCUGUAGAUGGCCAAGGGCUCAAGCAGGACCCGUCCAAUAACUCCUUGGUACCUCCUUACCAAUGUCACACACUGCCGGACGAGGUCAACCACAAAAAACAAGGUUUCCACAACCUGGGCUUCACCAGCAACACCAGCCCCACCAAACUUGACAUUGACAACAACCACAUCAACCGACUCCAUGUUAACAACCAGGCUAGAUCCAGCCUACCUCAGGCAACAGGGGGCGACUCUACCCUCUAUAUUCUGCAGCCUGAGGCAGAAAGAACCCCCAUAAGAACAACUUCUACUGUUCCCAGUGCCCCUCCCAUAUACAGCAUCCCAAUGCUGGGAACAGAGCCUGGUAAACGAACGGAAAGGUUCAGAGACUCUGGCCUAGGGAACGGAGGGAUGACGGAUGGAAUCGAUGGGUCGGAUGGAUACUUGUGCGGACAGGAGGAGGAAGAAGAAGACAAACGGAGACAGAAGACAGCUGUAACUUCAGAAUAUGUUGGGGACACAGCCGAUGAAGAGAGUGUGAUCUCAGUGGACAUUCACACUAGCAGCACCAGCCUCUCCUCAGCUGACACCAAGCUUGUGGUGGAGGACACUGUAGAGGAAGAUUUGUCGCUUUCCAGGAGAGAGGGAGUGACAGAGAAAGAAACAGAGGAUUGUAUAAGUGUCACAGACUCUAUGGUGGCCGAAGCACUUGCUGCCUUGGAGGCGGCCACUGCAGGAGAAGAGUAUGACUGAGAACUGACUAAUGGUCGUGGAGCCUGAAGUUGACAGAAAUUAUAUAUUGCUCAUCAAGCUUUCAUCUGAAUGCUGGACAUAGCCAAAAUGAUAUUUUUCAUGAUAAAACAUUUUUUUGAUGGCUAAAUAUGAACAACACUUCUAAACUUGACAAAUUGCCUGCUAUUUGUUUACAAGAAGAUGUGGAUUUCUUAUAAGAUGGAUUAUAUUUUGCCAAGUAACUAGCAUGGAGUGUAUUUUCAGUGCAUACACUGGACUGUUGCUUUGUAAACUUGCUAUAUAUAUCUGCAUUUUUUAUAGUCUAUACUACUACAAUAGGCCUUACCUUUUCCAGUUUAGUUGUAGACAAGUCCCAAUAUUCUCUGCUUUUGCACAAUGAUACUACCUGACUAGCAGGACACUCAUGUCUGCUCCAAUGCAUAUGAAGGCUUUUCAAACCACUAUUCACUGCUAUGCACUUAACCACGCUUAGAGGAGAAUGCUAAGCAUUCAACUACAGCAUGUGGACAUGCACAUGACCAAAGGGCUAGUCUGUCCUUCUCAGAAUGUGACCAGUUAUGUCAAACUUGGGUGCUUCUUAGGUGUGCCUUUCACCAGUGCACCACCAGAGAGAGCCUUAUUCUCCAAGUAACAUUACAAACUCAGCAAUGUAAAGAUGUCUGUGCUGUCUUGCCUUGUACUCUUAAAUAAUAAUGGUGCUGCAAAGACUUCCUUGGAGCGAUGCCAUAGAAAAACUACCACUGGUUCCAUUAAGAAACACUCCGCUGAAAGGUUCUUAGGGAACCAAAAGUGGUUCAUCUAUGGCAGAGGUCUUCAAAUCCAGAUCUUGAAUCCUGCCUCCGGUCCCGAAUUUUGUAAUCACUCGUAGAUAUGACUCUAGGUGGCCAAUCAGUUACAUUGGUAGUUCAGUUAAGUUUCAGUAACUACAAAAUCUAGGACAAAAAACUGGAUUCAAGGUCCAAAUCUGAAGACCUCUGUUCUGUUGUAUUGCUUCAAAGAACCCUUUUGUUCACCUUUAGUGAACCAUCCCUUCAACUUCACCAAAAAAAAAAAGUUUUUUUUUUCAAGGGUAAAGAGUAAAGAGAAGGGUUAUAUUUAGAACCAUAAGUUCUAUAAAGAACCAUUUCAUGCUUAAAUGGUUCUUUGCAUGGUGAAAUCGUUUUUCAUAUUGAUGGGGAUUGUGUUGUAUAUAUGCCCUGCGAUGGACUGGCGAACUGUCCAGGGUGUAUCCUGCCUUCCACCCAAUGACUGCUGGGAUAGGCCCAGGACCCCCCCGCGACCAAGAAGGAUAAGUGGUUUAGAAAAAGUGUGUGUC